GAGCAAGUGCCAAUGGUGAUGGGGCCACGCUAGCCUCGGGAAUAUGGUCGGUGUGGCUUAACUUGAAUGAAUCAGCGUGUUCUUGUCCUUGACAUGUUUACGUUUGUAUUAAACAAGGGACUUUGCUCCUUGCUAAUCUGCAGAAGCACUGCGCUCAUCCCAUAGCAGCCUGAUGGCGAGUCGAGCAGCUCCCCCAGACCGUGUCAAGGGCUUUCAUGCCAAGGAGGCUUCUGAGCGACAUAGUCUGAGGGACGUGUCAUGUACCCGGCUCAGCAGUGACUUGCUCAGACUGUAUAAUGAAGAACUUCACACAGAUGUUGUUUUUUAUGUCGGACAAAGGAUAUUUAAAGCUCACAAGGCCAUCCUUCUUGCUAGAGUUCCAAAGUUUUACAGCUUCAUUAUUGGACAACUUGAGGCUGAAACAAUUUCUGUGGCAAACAUUGAACCUACUGAAAUUAAUACAUUCUUACAAUAUGUGUAUUCUUCUCACUGGAAUGUUAAAGAAAGAGAGGAGCACAUCCUAAGUCUGAUAAAUGGGGAUAAAAUAGUAUCCAAUACAAAUCAAAAUGGUGACGCGCAGAAUACAGUUCAAAGCAACACACUCUCUACAGAAAAAGCUACUGAAGCCUCUUUUGAGCUUGAAGAUCUUGAAUCAGCAUCUGAACUUGGAAAGGAUUUGCUGAAACUUUUCCAAGGUUCUCUUUGUCCUGAUGUAACAAUCCAAAUAGAACAUAGAUGUUUUCAUGUGCACAGGGCUAUAUUGUGUGCUAGAUCGUGUUACUUCAGUGCUAUGAUGAGUGGACAUUGGGCUGAGAGUUCCAGAGAGCUCAUUCAUAUUCAGGGAAUAAACCAAAUGGAUAUGAUGGUCAUAAUGCAUUUCAUAUAUGGAGGAAUAAUAGACCUACCAAAAAAUGCUGAUCCAGGGCAUAUACUCUGUAUUGCUGAUAUGUAUGGAUUAGAGGGACUGAAGGCAGUUGCCAUUUAUGUUUUGAGAAGAGACUACUGCAAAUUUUUUCUUAAGCCUGUUGUUGGAAUGCAGCAGUCGGUGCUAGAAUGUCUGUCUAUUGCUGAUUCCUUGGGAGAGGAACAGUUGUACACUGCCUGUAUGAGGUGGGUCGAAAAAUAUUUUGUUAAAUGUUGGUCUGAAAGGAGCUUUGCCAAUUUACAACCUGAUCUACAAAAAAAAUGCUUUGAAUAUUUGGUUAAGUCACUGUCUUACAGGAAUGCUGCAUUCAUUCUGAUGGAAAGUGAGAAACUUCUCAGUUUACUUCCCAGUGUAAAAUGGGCUGAAAGGGCCACAAAUCUAGCAUCAGAACUUAAGGAAGCAUGUGUCCAGUACAUAGUGACACAUUUUGCACAGAUUAUAAAGACUGAAAACUUCUUUAAUUUGUUGCAGGCUCAAGGGAUGAGUAGUAGACCAUAUCUUUUGGAACACAUCCUUAAUGAAACUGAGAAAAAUAUUUCAUUUCAGAAUUGCUGUUCUCUGUUUUUGGCUUUGGAUGAGUUAUUGGAUUUGGCAUCAAACAAUGAAAUGGGUUUUACGUCUAAGAUACAGGCUCUGCGUGAUAAGCUGUGGACUUUCCUGGUUCAGUCUUUUUAUGCUGUACGGCACUCAGAUGGGUGGAAAUUGAUAAGGCCGGAACAUCAACAGAAAAUAGAAUCAGCUGCCUUAGAUAAGGGUGAUGAUCGAAGACUUGCAAAGAAACCAAUAUUCACUAGCUCACAGCAAAGCAGAUCUAGGUUAACAGAAACUAAAGAAAUCCGGUUAAGCGUAAACAGAACCUCUUCAAAAAGUAAUUUGUCUGUUGAGAAGAAGAUGAAAUCUGAGUCAUUUGGUGCUUCUGGGAACACAUCUACUGCGUUUAGAAACUCUUCUGCAAAGGCUAAAGAUGAUGACCUAAAAAGCAAAGAUGGCAAGAAAAUGUUAACGAAAGGGAUAAAAGACCAAAAGCAACCAGAAAAAAACAUUACAACAAAACCAAAAACUGUUUUGAAAGUAAAGACAGAAAGUAAUGGAACUGCAAAAACUGAAACAUGUGCUUCUAAAGGGGACUCAACAGUCGCAUCAAAAUCAUUAUCAUCUGGUAGAUUAGGAGCAAGACCCAAGGCCUCCAGUGAUAGCAAUUCUCAAUCAAAGCCAAGGGCUGCUAAGUCCAUAAGUAAAAACCUUGCUUGUCCAGUAAAAGGUACAGUUAAUAUUAAACCUGCAAACUCCGCUGCAGAAUCAGCAAAUGCACUUGGAUCUUCCGAAGAACAAAUAUGUCAGACAGCUUCAGAUGACCAAACUUCUGCUAAUUCUUCACCACAAAGUUGUAAAAUCUUGCCAAACUGUUUGGAUAGUCCGAAAGAUCUAGGACAAGCAGUUAAAUCAAAAUCUACAGCAAAAAUGUCUAAUGGGUCUUUCAUCAAAAAGAAGAUUAAUGAAGUUGAAUGCCAUGGAGGAACCAACAGCAUUUCAACAACGAAAAACGUUAGUAGUGCUAAGGAAUCAGUUACUGAGAAGAAAAAGACAACUAAAUGCUCAAUAAGUACUGCUCAGCAAAGGCCAAAGAGCGCCCCAGCAGCAGUGUCUAAAAAGCAAGGAACAUGUUUGCCGGGCAGUGGGGCAUGUCCACAAAGAUCUGCUGCUUCCAAACAAACUGAAAUUAAAUCCGAUAUUAAGGGCGUGAAUAAAAACAUUUCUAAAAAUGCACUUUCAUCAAACAAAACAAGUGCAAAACAAAAAGUGCAGACAAUUAAAAACACAUUAAGUGAUAAUAUAUGUUCUAAUACAAACCACAAAGAGUCCAAACAGAAAACAGUGACAGGGUCCAAGUCUUCUAAAGCAGCAAACCUAAAUACCAGAAGGGAAUUUAAAGACUCUCCAUGUGCAUUAAAAACCAGCUGGGAACAACAAAUGCUGCAGCCGAACAAAGAUUCUGCUAAACAAGAUGAUUAUAAGCCUUCAUUCUCUUUAGAGAAUGAAUGCCAGCAAAUUCUUUGCCAUUCUUCCGAACAGCCAUCUGGCCAUUCUGAAGAAAUUGGUGUAAAAGAUAUAACAAUAUCUAUGAAUGAGUGUUGUCAAGAUAAUUCAGUAGACAAACAAUUUUCUGUGGCACAAAAAUGUAUGUCUGAUCUCUGCUGCAGUGAACAAAAUAUUGCUGAACAUGGUGUUUCAGAAGAAACUGUGACUAAGGAUGUUGAGAACAAAGCAUCAAAUGAAGCAAACUUGGCUUUAAAUAUCCUAGGUUGUAAUCAUUCAGAAAGCAAACAUAUUUGCGAUUCAGAAAAUUCUAAGUGUGCAGACAGUUCAAGUGAAAGUGAGUUAUGCUCUGUAAAGGAAGUAGAUAGAAAUUAUUCAAAUACAAAUGGUCAAACAGGUGACACAGAAUCCCCCUUUAUUGCUUCCCAAGCAACCAAUGGCCACACCAGCCAGCGCUCAGCAAUAAAUGCUGGUGAGCACUACAUGUCUGAAUCCUCUUUUGACAUUAGCAUUGGUCUAACAAUUGACAGCUCUGAAAGCAAACUUGCAUUGCACUGGAAUAAACACUUAAAUACAUUACAUGAUCGAGAAAGUCCAGAAUCAGAGAGUGUAAGUGCUAGCACAUCAUCUGAUGACAUUAAGCCAAGGUCAGAAGAUUAUGAUGCAGGUGGUUCUCAGGAUGAUGAUGGUUCGAAUGAAAGAGGAAUUUCAAAGUGCAGCACAAUGCGUUGCCAUGAUUUUCUUGGAAGAAGUAGCAGUGACACUAGUACCCCUGAAGAAUUAAAAGGAUAUGAUGGCAGCCUGAGAAUUGAUGUAAAAAUUAAAAAAGAUCAUCCUUCAGAUUUGUUUCGAGUCAACUCUACAAGUGAUGAUGAAGUGCCACAAAAGCGAGCAGAAAUAUGGGCUCAGAGAGAUAUAUCUAAGAGCAACACGAAUAAGAAAGCUGUUAACGGCAGUAUACCAUUCACCCAUGAAAUAGAACAUCUUUCAUCAGCUGAUGAAACUGAGGAUGAGCGUUCAGAAGCAGAAAACGCUGCAGAAAAAGCACUGUCAGAUGCAGCACUGCAGCCUUUUCAAGGAAUUAUAAAUUUAGCUUUUGAUGAUUUAAAUGAACUUGACAGUGUAAAUCUUCAGGCUGCUGCCAACAAAAACUUUUCAAGAUCAGUUUUGCUUUCUGUUGAUGAAUGUGAAGAGCUAGGAUCCGAUGAAGGAGACCUAAAUACAUUACUGAAGAGAGAUCCGUUAACCCCAUCAGAUGUUUUUGAGAAAAUCACUAAUGAACAUUCUGGUGCACAUCAUUUAGGAUGUUCACACAUAGAAAGUACUUUCUCUGAUGUGAUAUUGAAAAUUGAAUGCAGGGAUUUACAGAAUGGCACACUUUUGAAUUUAGAUCCUUCUAAUGAAGCAUAUCCUAAGUGUGCUUCAUCUGAAAAACAACCUUCUCAAGAAGAAGGCAAAGAUUGUAUAGAAUCAGAAAUUUGUUCGGGUAACUACACCCAGGCAGAAAGUGAUUUUAAGUCUCAAAUAAGGCCCUGUCAUUUGGACCUUUACACAACCGAAACACUACCUGAUUCCCAAAAGUUUUUCUAUACUGGGAAUUCUUGUAAGAGUCGGUUUCAUGACCAUCAAGAGAGAGACAUCCUUGCAUCACCAUCUGAAAAGUGCAGUUCUGCAGGACACAUAGAUGAUUUUGACUCAUUGGCACAAAUCUGCAUGUAUGAACGUCGUCCUUCAAAAUCACUUUCUCCUAUAUAUGAGGUGGAUCCAGGCCAAGGAAUUGAACAGAAUAAGAAUACAGAAGCAAAAAUUGUGGAUUUUGGCUUUGAAGAUCAGCAUUUUGUUGAAAGGGACUGGAUUCUUCUAAGACAGCUUUUAGCUGAUCAUGGAUCAGAUGUCGACAUUAUAAACUCUGUCCCCGAAGACCUCAGUUUAGCACAAUACUUAAUAAAUCAGACAUUGCUUUUGUCUAGAGAACAAUCAAAAUCUCAGGGUGUAACACAGGUUGAGAAUUCGAGUAGGUCGGGUGAUAUAGCGUCUCCAUAUGAUGAUUCUACAAGUAUAACAGUGACAAGCUUUUCGCCUGAUGACCUUUCAUCUCCAAAUGGGGAAUGGACCAUUCUUGAAUUAGAGACACAUCACUAAAAGUAAUAUUUUGGAUUUCAUUAUUUUCAAAAAAUCUCAAGUUUUUAUUCAAAUGGACUAAUGUGGUCUUUUAAUGCCUCCGUUAUAUAUCAACUGCAAAAAUCCUGGAAUGAAAAGGGCAAUAUAUUUUUGUCCACUCACAAUUUGUAGCUAAUGGGGCCAGAUCCUGCUUUCUGUGGCUAACGGCACUCACUGUCCUGAAAACUUGAGGCAAUGCAUUUUACGGCAUUGUAGAAAUGUUUUCCAUCUGGGACAACUGACCGUAAACACAUAUCAAAAUGAUUGGAGCUUUCAUAUGGAGGAUGCAAUCCAAAAGGAAGAAGUGCAUAAAAAUGAUUGUGAGGCUGCUUGUCUCAUGGUCAUUUAGCUAAAAAAAAACAUGGAGGACAGGUUCUGGUCCUUGGUUGACCUUAAGUGUAGCAGGGCAAAUGUGCCAUCUACUUAGUGUGAUUAUCCUACUUAGAGUUAAUUUCAAUUUGUUCUUGAGUUGUAUCACGUUGAAACCAAUCAGUAACAACAGGACUGGCAAGCAAUUAAAGGGGUGAUUCACCUUCAAAAUAACCUUUAGUAUGUUAUAGAAUGACCAGUUCUAAGCAAUUUUUCAAUUGGUCUUCAUUAUUUUUUAUAGUUUAAUUAUUUGGCUUCUCCAUCUGACUAUUUCCAGUUUCAAAUGGGGGGCACUGACCCCAUCUAAAAACAAAUGCUCAUUAAGGCUGCAAGUGUAUUGUUUUGAAUACUCGUCCUUUUAUUCAGGCCCUCUAUUCAUAUUGCAGUCUCUUAUUUAAAUCAGUGCAUGGGUGCUAGGGUAAUUUGGACCCUAACAACCAGAUUGCUGAAAUUACAAACUGGGGAGCUGCUAAAGAAAAAGCUAAAUAACUCAAAAACCACAAAUGCUAAAAAAAAUUAAAACCAAUUGCAUGUUGUCUCAGAAUAUCACUCUCUACAUCAUACUAAAAGUUAAUUUAACCGUGAACAACACCUUUAACAACAUCAGUUUCCCAUCUACUUAGCGAGACAUUUUCACCAUAUAUGUAACGAGAUCUAGUAGUGCUUUGUUGCAAAUAUGGAAGAUUCUUAUUUCUCAUUCCAAGCAUCUGAUUAGAUUCCCCAAAAUUGUAAAAUAUACUUCUGUAAAGAUAAUUUAUAAAUUAUCGUGAAUGCCUUUAUGCCUUACUCAGCCUUGCACCCUUUUUAAAGAUGAAAAAAGUUAGCCAAAAGGCUUGCUUUUAAUUUAGAUAAAGAAGACACCUUCUCCACAUGCCAAACAAAGGAAUUGAAAUGGACAAAACACUUCCGGCAAUGGAACUGAAAUAGUAUAGCCUACUAACUACCACACAUAAACUUGCGUUAAAAGGCAAAAACAAUAAAUUCUGGUAAUAUUAUUCAAAGGGAAACGGUAGAGAAAGGCCUCAUGAGUGUCAAGAGGGAACCAAUAAAAAAUUUUAAAUUAGGGCCAGUAUUAAAAAAAGAAAUGCUAACACUUUUUUUUACAGAGGAUGCUGUAAGUUUGGGCACAACCUACCCACCAAUAAAGAUUUUUAACAUGCGGGGAAAGCCCUGAGCGAAGUGCAAGCACAUGGGGGCCGGAUUUAGUAGAAGAUUACCCCAAAGGAGCUGCGCAACUUGUUACACAAUACUCUGUAUAUUAAACUCCCAGUUGGAGUUGCAACAAAUUUGCCACAAAUCAUUGAGUGGCUUAAUACAAAUUGCCUUGAAAAAAAUGCUGAAAUCCUGGCUAUACUGCCUUCAUCAUGUCCCACUAAAAUAACAAUAUCACCAGCCUUUUGAGAGAAUUUUGUUUUUUGUUGUAUUGUAUUACCAGGCAAGAAGGUUAUGGACGCAAUAUUAUUAUGGCUUUUAAAGGGCGUGAAAUGAUGAUAUGCGUCAAGAGUAAUUUAUUACUUUAUAUUGCAUUAAUUGCUUGAGUGAGAUAUGGGCAUGUGAUUUUUUUUUUCCCUUCAAAUGUUUUUUCUUUUUUUAAGAAAUAAAAUAGUUUUCACUGA